AAUAACACAUGUUCUUAUUUUUUUUGUGCUUCGUCGUUUAUUUCUUCUGACGCAUCAAUUCAACGCAUUUUCCAGUAAUGAUCUUUGUGAGAUUGCAGGCUGCGAGGAUGACCGCUCGAGUUUAUUUCUUGUUGAUUGCCGUUUUAUCGUGUCUGUUUGGAUACCUGAACACUACUCGCGCUAUUCAAAGACAAAGCAAAGUGAAGCCGGGUCAGUGUCCCUUACCGGAAAGGAUUCCACUGUGGGCUGAAAGCUGUUUCAAUGAUGGACAGUGUCCAGCCACACGGAAGUGUUGCCCAACCCCCAGUGGCUUUGCAUGCACUGAACCACGUGAUCAGGGACGCAGCCAAGUACAGGGCAGUGGACCGGGCCAGGGAAGCCGCCACGGACAAGGAUCGAGUAGUGGAUGGGUUCAGGCUAGUGGGCAGGGUAGCAGCCAGGGUAAGGGUAGUGGACCAGGACAGUCUAGUGGCCGUGGCCAGGGAAGCAGCCGGGUUAAGGGAAGUGGACAGGUCCAUGGCCACGGACCUGGACAGGAUAGUGGCCACGGAGACGUCCAGGGUAAGGGAAGUGGACCGGGUAGCAGACCAGGACAGUCUAGCAGCCAUGGCCAGGGAAGCGUCCAGGGUAAGGUAAGUGGUCUGGGACAGGGUAGUGGACAGAGGCAGGGAAGCAGCCAUGGACCGGGUCUUGGCCAGGGUAAGGGAAGUGGACAGGGUAGUAGACCAGUAAAGGUUAGCGGCCAGGGUAAGGGAAGUGGACAGAGCCAGGGAAGCGGCCAGGGUAAGGCGAGUGGACCAGGCCAGGGAAGCAGCCAUGGAUCAGGUAAGGGAAGUGGACCGGGCCAGGCUAGCGGUAAGGGAAGUGGACAGGGCCACGGACCUGGACAGGGAAGUGGCCACGGACAGGGCCAGGUUAAGGCAAAUGGACAGGGUAGCAGACAGGGCCACGGAACUGGACAGGGAAGUGGCCACGGACAGGGCCAGGUUAAGGCAAAUGGACAGGGUAGCAGACAGGGCCACGGAACUGGAGAGGGAAGUGGCCACGGACAGGGCCAGGUUAAAGCAAAUGGACAGGGUAGCAGACAGGGCCACGGACAGGGCCAGGUUAAGGCAAAUGGACAGGGUAGCAGACAGGGCCAGGGACUGGGCCAGGGAAGCGGACAGGGACUGGGACUGGGCCAGGGAAGCGGCUGGGGACCGUGGUGGCCGUGGGGCAGACCGGGACCGUGGGGCAGAUGGGGACCGUGGUGGUAGUGGGCAGGGAAUUGUUCAAUGAAACUGUCAGGGUGUUGUCAUUGAAAUGUUCAACUAGAAAUCUUUAAUUCCGUGAUCUUCAUGACUCGUUUUCUCUGUUUGUUCAAUGUUUUAAGUUUUCUGCCUGUCCUCCACUUUCUCAAAUAAAAUCAUUCAUCUCAGCAA